GGGGCUGUAGGACUACUUAAUUAGAUCUCACCUCGACCCGCCAGAUGAAAUAAAAUUACCAGAAAAUCCCUACCUCCCUCCCAGUCCCCCAGCCAGGCCAUUGAAAUUUUAUUGCUACUAAACUAAUAAAAUAACUCUCUCUCUCUCUCUCUCUAUUCAAAUCGUCUUCCUCUUCUCUCUUUUGUCUGACCAGACAGGCGUGGAGUGGAGGCGUAGCCAAUAGCCAUGGCAUUCCGACCUUGCUCUUCUUCUCUCUCACACUUUGUUCUUCUCCUUUCCCUACUUUCUCUCUUCCUAUCCCAUCUCUCCCGCUUUCACGUCUUCGCCGAUUCCCACUUCGAGGGCUUCGAUGCCGAAGAUGAAGACGAUGCCGACGCCGACGAAUCCCUAAUCCACACUCUCCGAUCCCCUCCUCUCACCCAAUCCAACCCCGACCCCGACCCUGAUCCAGCAUCCCAGGUUCCGGAACCCACCCACGUCUCCUCGGAGCCUCCGUCGCGGACCUCAAAUUCGGAUCUUCCGAAGCCUUCUUCCACCAGCUUCGAGUACUGGGACGAGGACGAAUUCGAAGGUUUACCCGUCGAACAACCUCCGGAGGGGGAGGCUUCCAAAAAUGCCGAAAAUGCCACUCCCUCCUCCACUGCCGAUCCCAAAGCUUCGCCGAAGCCGAUCGCUGCCACUGCUUCAAGAUCGUAUACUGUUGAGAUUGUGUGCGGAAGUUUCUUGAUCGUGUUCAUCAUCAACUAUUUCACCGGUAAGCGCGAGAACGAGAACAUCGCGCUCGCUUGGGCCACCAAAUUCGCGUCCAAGGACUCUAUCUUCGACAAGAAUUUCAGUCUACUUGGGGUGGGCGAGGGUGAUGAUUCGCCGCUGUUAUUGAAGGAGGGUCAGAACGUGUUCAAGUUCUACGCGAGCGGUCGGAGGUACUGCCAGGGGCUGUUGGCGACGAUGGAGUUGAAGAGCAGGCACGAUUUGAUUUCGAGGUUAUACAAUUUGGUGGUUCCUUGCAACGAUGAGAUUAGUUUCGAGGUUUACAUGAAUGAGGAAGCCAUGGAUCACGUGGUUUUCGCCGUGGCCAAGAAGAAGUUGGCCAAAUGGAUGCAGAAGGAGGUCAGGGAUUUGCAGAGGUUUGCCAAUUUGGUUUCUCCGCCCACCGGGAGGAAGUGGGCUGCCGAAGACUUGGCUGUCAUCUCCGAGUCGAAGGAAGUUGCCUCUGAUUUGAUCACCGAGGUUGUGCUUGAACAGGUUUUUGGUGACAAAGCUUUUGAGAAGUUUGGAAAGGGUUUCAUCUCAAUGCAUUUUUCAGAUCAACACCCAGGCACACACAAGAAGAUGCUUUUGUUCAAGUUUGCUAUCCCAGAUGCAAAUAACAUGGCGGAUAUGAAUCGCUUGGUGGCUCUGGUACCUUAUUAUAUUGAUUUGAUUGGGCGGUACAAGCUAAGUACUCAGGCUCGAUCCAAAACAGAAGCUACAAGAUUGAAGGUUGCUCAAGAGGCACACAAAGAACUUCAAAAUGCAAGGCAAGAAGCCUUGCAGAGAAAGAAGGCAGAGAGGAAGAAGUUGUUGGAGGAGGCUGAGGCAAAGCUCAGUGCGGAGGCCGUUAGGAAGAGAGAAGCCAAAGAGAAAGCUCGUCAGAUGAAGAAGGCUAUGCCAAAAGUAAAGAUGACCCGUGCUCACUAAGUCUUUGAUUGCACUAGUCAAGCACCUGCAACUCUCUUGUUAUGUGUCUUCAUUUUCAGAUAUUUAGUUGGAAUGUCUUGCCUGCCAUACAUUUUUGGUUCUACACACUCACGGCCUUGUAUUUUAGCUUGAAUUAGUUUAGUUUCUAACAUUACCACAACUCUGUGGGUUUUGAAUACUGUAUCAAAGUUAAAUUAAAUGCUGCAGAAACUAUAUAAAGAAAUGUUGAUUGGCUGGCA